ACUGUCUUCAGUCUCGCACCUUACAUCAUGUCUGCGAACGGUAUCAAGAUCGCUUUUGGAGGCGCCACUUGGCUCUUCACCCCGGUUGACGAGGUCACUGAAUGGCUCACUUUCCUCAAGAAGUCAGGUAUUGAAACCAUCGACACCGCCCAGGUGUAUGGCAGCUCCGAAGAGACAAUGGGCAAGGCCGGGGCCGCAUCCAGCUUCACCAUCGACACCAAGGCACCCGGGGGGCUCAACGAGCAGCCCUGCACCAAGGAUGUUAUCAUCGAUGCCGGUAAGAAGAGCCUCGAGAAGCUCAAGACUAACAGUGUCGACGUCUUUUAUAUGCACGCUCCUGACCGCCGACUCCCCGUCAAAGAAACUCUUAGCGGACUCAAUGAGCUGUACAAGCAAGGUGCAUUCAAACGUCUUGGCCUAUCCCAAUAUCUCGGAGAAGAAGUGGAGGAAAUUAUUCGCGUUGCGAAGGAGAACAACUUCGUGGUCCCCUCGGUCUACCAAGGAAACUACAGUGCAAUUGCACGUCGUGCAGAAGCGGAAAUUUUUCCAAUAAUUCGCAAGCACAACAUGGCCUUCUACGCUUACAGCCCUAUCGCCGGUGGUUUCUUAGCCAAAUCCAAAGCUGCACUCACCGAGUCCAACGGCCGAUUCGGUGAAGGUCAGCCCUUGGCGCAGGUGUACAACGGCAUGUACAAUCGACCAAGCUUUGUGGCGGCACUCGAUGUCUGGGAGCAGAUUGCAAAAGAGGAAAACACGACUAGGGCGGAGCUCGCCUACCGUUGGAUUGCAUACCAUUCUAAAUUGGCGGGGGACCAAGGCGACGCCAUCGUCGUGGGUGCAAGGAACAUGCAGCAGUUCGAAGAGACUAUGCAGGCACUGAAGGGCGGCCCAUUGAGCGAUGCGGCUGUGGCAAAGAUCGACCAAGUCUGGGAGAGCGUCAAGGCCGACGCAUUCCUAGACAACUAUGAGAUGCUGAGUCGGUGAUUUCCCCGCACUUUGAUUGGAGGACGUCGGCAGACAGAUUACUAGUGGAUACGAUGGGAUCAUCGUUAGCCCG